UUGGCGCCUUCACUUUUGAAACUGUACCUGUUUAUUGCCUUUUUCAAUAUUGAAGCCCUAAUAUUUGCUAGCCUUAUGUUUCCCUUCCAUCGGAUCAAAUACAUAUAGAUGUUUACAAAAUUGAGAAAUUGAGCAACAUAACUGAAGAAGAUGAUGCUCAGAACACCGCCGCCGAGGAAGAGGAGGGCAGAAUCUCCGCUGCAGGAAGACAAUAACAACAAUAACAAUACGACUCUGAGCCCCAGUUCCAGUCGGCAGCUGCUGGUUUGCGAGGACUUGCCGGUGGCGGAAUAUUCGCAUGACCACUCCAUUCCAACAAGCUCCGAGCAGAUGCUAUGCACCUAUCAAUGCCGACAGAUGGUGAAAUCAGAAUUUUUCGAUGCCCUAAGCAGUGCAGAAAAACAAGCACAUGAUUAUCAAUCUAAAUUUGAAGCAGUCAAUGAGGGUUUUGAAAAAUCUGAAUCAGAGAGAAAGAAAUUACGAGAUAAAUUUUUCAACACCGAGCAGGAACUAGCUGCUACUAGAGGACGUGAACAUAUAUUACAGGAGCAACUAAGGAAGGAGGUCGAUUUUUCUCAAGAACAACUCAAAAAGCAACUACAGGCCUUUAAUGAGCUUGAGAUAAAGUUUCAGAAUGAGACGCGUCUGCGCAAAAAUGCUGAGUCAUCAGCUGCUAAAGCUGAAGAAAGAGCACAAAUAUUAGAGGAGAAGCUAAAUACUCUAUCAGAAAGCAUAGAUAGGGAAAAGGGCCGUCUUCAAAAUGAGCUUGCUCAAAUGAGAAGUGACACAAAGCUGUCUGUUUCUAGAAUAAGUGCUGAUCUUGAACGAAUGGAAUGCAGAGCCAAAAAUGCAGAGAAAGAGUCGGAAUUACUGAAACUACAGUUAGAAGGACUGAAAGAGCAACUAGAUAAGUCCAUGCAGGAGAAAUUUGAGUUGCAGAAAAAAUUGUCCACGGAAUCUUUAAAAUCUCCUUCGAAAGACAAUAGUUUGUUGGUGAAACAUUUGCAAGAACUGAGGAACUAUGAGUCUGAAGUUCGUGAAGCUAGAAAGAUUAAAGCUUCUCAGGAAGACAUAGAAUUAUUGAAAGAAAAGUUGCAUGAAGAAAAGAGCCGCAAGGAAAGGGCAGAGUUGGAACUACUAAAGUUAUCCGACCUCAAGUCAAACAUGAAGAAUCUGGAGGAUGAGGUGUCUACAUGGAAAUCAGUGAUUAAGGAACUUCCUGGUGUGUCAUCUGUAGAUGAUAUACCUUCUGAAUUUGCAGCUUUACAGAAGAAGGUGGUCGAUAGGAUGAAGAAUGAAAGUGAGACCCGGGAAAAGGUCAUAGAAUUUCAGGUGGCUCUUGAUAAGGUUAUUCUUGACAAACAAAAUGCAGAAACUGAGGCUGCCAUGGUGAAAGAGAAGGCAGAGUCAUAUAAAGCAGAAAUCAAAAGGCUGGAACUGAUGCUAGGUUUGAUUACAGAGGAAAGAGACCGCUUGAAAGAUGUUAUUAAGGAAUUAAAAGAGCAUAAGGAUCUUGAAGGUGGAUCUGGAUUGGUCAGUGGAACUAUAUUCCAGGAGCUUGAAAUAUCUCUGGACAAGAAGGAAAACUAUGUCAGACAACUAGAAAAUAGCUUAUCAGAAAUAAAGGAGAGUAAUAGUCGACAGCACAAUGAGAUAAUGUUGCUCAAUGAAAGGUUAACUAAUGAAGGAAGACGAGUAAAGAUGCUAGAGCGUGAAGGUGAUCGCCUACGUUCCGAGAUAUCUUUAUUGGAGUCUAAGUUGGGACAUGGCGAUUUUUCUUCUGCCAAUACAAAGGUCCUCCGGAUGGUUAACACUCUGGCUGUUGAGAACGAGGCAAAACAAACGAUAGAGGCUCUGCAAAAUGAGCUGCAAAAGGCAAAAGAAAAGUUACUGGCUGUAGAAGAACUUAAAAAACAGUCAUCUGAUGCUGGCACACAUGUUGACUCCUACGUUGCUGCGAAGAUUAAGCAGUUGAAAGAGCAGAUUGCAACACUUGAAAAACGUGAGGAGAGGUACAAGACAGUCUUUGCAGAAAGAAUCUCUGUUUUCAGAAGGGCAUGUUGUGAACUUUUUGGUUACAAGAUUGUGAUGGAUGAUCACCAACGGCCAGAUGGAAUUCCAGUCACACGAUUUACUCUGCAUUCGAUCUAUGCACUGAGUGAUGAUGAGAAGCUUCAAUUCGAAUAUGAAUCAGGGAACACAAAUAUUGUGGUGAAUGCGUAUACUUCACAACCUGAGAUAUCUCGACAGGUUGAUAUAUUUAUCCGGAAGAUGAAUUCUAUUCCUGCUUUCACGGCUAAUCUGACUGUGGAAUCUUUCAAUAAGCGUACUCUAUCAUGAAAUGUGGCAGCACAGCAGUAUUGAUUUUCACUUCUCUUUGUUUGUGAUUACUCUUUUAAUGUAAGGUUUUGGUUUGUGUUGGGAUGAUUUAACUUGCACUCCCUUCUACGGAAUGGGGAGUCAUUUGUCAGAUAAUUUCAUUUCUUAUGACAUUUAUCAUCUCUCCUGAUUCUUUUCAA